CAUGCGCAGCAGCGCAAUGCUUUCGUUUUCAGUACCUGCUUUCCUGUUCGGUCUUGUAUAUUAUUGUUGUUGUGUUGUGGGCAGGGCCUGGUCAAUAGGCCUCCCAAGAGCGAUUACUCAAUUGAUCACAGAUUAGUUUUCUCUCAUAGCAUUAAGAAUUUAAAACAUGGACAAGGUAUUUGUCAGUUUAACGACGAAUGAUGAGUAUGCAAUCGGUGCACUACUAUUGGGCAAGUCAUUGAAAAACACAGGAACUACAAAAAAACUAGUGUUAAUGGUAACAGCUGGUGUCUCUGCAAGUAAAAGAGAAAAGUUACAAACAGUUUGGGAUGAGAUUGUGGACAUUACCUUGCUUGACAGUCAAGAUAAAGAAAACCUUGCUUUGCUUGCUAGACCAGAACUUGGCUGCACAUUCUCAAAGUUGCGUGCAUGGACUUUGACACAGUUUACGAAAUGCGUCUUUUUAGAUGCAGAUACUUUAGUUUUGCAAAAUGUGGAUGAUCUGUUCGAGAGGGACGAGCUGUCUGCUGUAGCAGAUGUUGGUUGGCCUGAUUGCUUCAAUUCUGGUGUUUUUGUGUUUAAGCCAAAUAUGAAAACUUAUGAUGAGCUUUUAAAUCAUGCAAAGACGGUUGGAAGUUUUGAUGGUGGAGACCAAGGGUUACUAAAUGAUUUCUUCAGUGACUGGAGUACUGCAGAUAUAUCCCGUCAUUUGCCAUUUACUUAUAACAUGGUAUCAAAUAUCUGUUACAGCUACGCACCAGCAUUUAAAAGGUUCGGUAGGGAUGUUAAAAUAGUUCAUUUUCUUGGAUUAGUCAAACCUUGGCAUCACCAUUUUGACCAUGAGACAGGUCAAGUUGUCUUGUUGAAGACGAAUGCUUCUUCGUUAUCUGAUACGUUGUUUAUUAAGAUGUGGUGGGAUCUGUUCAACUCCAUGGAAGAUUCUGUGACAGCUCCUAUAGCUGCCCAAUCAGAUUUACCGCCAUCUUGGCAGAAAUGGCAAGACACACGAACCCCCUCCGAACGUUUGGUUGAUCGCAAAGCAACAUGGGAGGCCGGCCGACCUGACUACACAGGCGAAGAUCAAUUCGAUAAUAUCUUGAAGCAUUUAAGCACCAUGAUGCUACGUAAACCCACUACGACAAUUUCAACUGCUGUGACGUCAAGUGGAACGUCGACGACAGGUACGACGACAAAAUCGGAUGCAGCGAGUAGGUCACGUGAUGCGACUAAAACCAGUAAGAAGUAGUCGGUUAAGAAAUCAAAAAAAUAUAAAUAAUUUUUUUAAUCAGCGUUUAUGUUCAUUUUUACUAAAUAUUUAUAAAAAAAAUCUUUAAAUUAAAAUGUUUUGAAUGUUUUGAUACGCUGGUGAAUGUUGUGCUGUGAAUGUUGUGUCCAUGUGUUGUCGAAACGUUUUCCGCUAAUCGAAAACUUCACUGUGUUACGUGUGAUUUUUGUAUCGAUGAUUUUCCCGAGUUAUUUUUUAGUUAAUGUGGAAUCCCUUUCAAAUAAAUGAGUUCCCCAUUGUAUUUUGCUUCUUGCGAAAUAUAAUGUCAGAUAUAUAUAUAUACUCUUAAUCUAAACAUGUCAGAUUAAUACAUUUAUGUUUUUGUUA